UUUGAAAGUAAAAGUUUGAGACUUUUUCUAGUUUGACCCGACCCGCAGCGAAAGUGAGUUGAAAACAUAAAAAUCAUAAAAGAGAAGAGAGCCAAAAGCUUCUUGCGGUUGAUUUUGAAAUCUCGUCGCCGGCGCGUGGAGUGUUUUCAGAGAAAGAGAUAAGAGAAGAGAUUUGUGAUCAGAGAAGACGAUUUUAUUAAUGGUGAAGGAAACGGAGUACUACGAUGUGCUUGGCGUUAGCCCAACUGCUACAGAAACUGAGAUCAAGAAGGCUUACUACAUCAAGGCACGCCAAGUUCAUCCAGAUAAAAACCCAGAUGAUCCUCAAGCGGCACAAAAUUUCCAGGUGUUGGGAGAGGCCUAUCAAGUGCUAAGUGAUUCAGGACAACGCCUAGCUUAUGAUGCUUGUGGGAAGUCAGGGAUCUCAACUGAUGCAAUCAUCGAUCCUGCAGCAAUUUUUGCAAUGCUUUUUGGAAGCGAACUUUUCGAAGGGUACAUAGGACAGCUUGCUAUGGCAUCAAUGGCUUCACUUGAUAUAUUCACUGAAGGGGACCAGCUUGAUACCAAAAAGAUUCAAGAAAAAAUGAGGAUUGUCCAGAAAGAAAGAGAAGAUAAACUUUCUGAGGUUCUCAAAGAUCGACUCAACGAAUAUGUGAUAAACAAAGAUGAAUUUGUCAGUAAAGCUGAAGCUGAAGUAGCUAGACUCUCAAAUGCAGCUUAUGGUGUGGAUAUGUUGAAUACGAUUGGGUAUAUAUAUGUAAGACAAGCAGCAAAAGAGCUAGGGAAGAAAGCUAUUUAUCUCGGAGUACCGUUCGUUGCUGAAUGGUUUAGGAACAAAGGUCACUUCAUCAAAUCCCAGUUAACAGCUGCAACAGGUGCGUAUGCUUUGUUCCAGUUGCAGGAGGAAAUGAAAAGGCAGCUAAACACUGAAGGUAAUUAUACUGAGGAGGAACUUGAGGAAUACCUUCAGACCCAUAAAAGAGUGAUGAUUGAUUCACUGUGGAAGCUCAACGUUGCUGAUAUCGAAGCCACUCUUUGUCGUGUUUGUCAACUGGUUCUUCAAGAUCCAGAAGCCAAAAGAGAAGAGCUUCGUACAAGAGCAAGAGGGUUAAAAACUCUGGGGAGGAUCUUCCAGAGAGCAAAAACAGCUAACGAGAGUGAGCAUAUAGCAAAUAAUGAACCUCAAAAAUUAAAUGGAAAUGGAAAGAACCACGAUGAUGAUACCUCUACAUCGCCAAAAUAUAGUGAAGCAUCUCACUCCACCUCUGGUCCUCAGGAACCACAAAGCCCCUAUGUAGAAGAAAUCAAAGUUGGAGAUGAAAAAUACAACUACUACUUCCCGCGACCAGCACCACCUCCUGGCGCAGGGAAACACUCCUCGACUGGCUAUGAUUGAUGCAGGUGAGAUUGGAGGUAUCCCUGUAGCGGUUUCUUGCUUAUACAAAACCCUUUUGUAUAAUAUAUAUUUACACCAUGCAGUCUUAGCAUACUGAUGUU